AUGUCAUCAAAAACGAGGCACAAAAUCCCGAAAUACUGGCAUUUUGCUCACUUAACUGCAUCUUACACGCCAAUUCUCAACCAACAUCGUACCGAAUCAAUAGCUUUGCUUGUUGACUCGGUGGGACUCUACCAAGGAAACUUUAAGAUCCAUAAUCAUCAGAAUGGGAGAAUCUACUUAACAAACGAAAGAUUAGUUUAUGUGGAUAAUGAUGAUCCAGUUAAUUGUAGUUUAUACUUCAAGUUGAUUGAUGUGAUUUCUGAUGGUGGCUUGAAAUUUUAUAAUGGGUUUUUGAAGCUGUCACCGAAGAUAACCGUCAGGUUCAAAGAUGACAAUAAUAUCUCAGAUGAUAGUGAAGGGGGAUUAUAUGAGGCCGAUGGCUUAUUUGAAAGUAUUGAAUCUACACAGUCGAAUAAAGAUAAAUUGAAGGAUCCUAGUAUUGAAAGACUACGAGCUACUGAUAUGUCUCAAGCCAGUUCUGUAGGCUCGAUUUCUGGUAACAGCGAUAUUUUCGAAACUGGAGACUUUGAGAUAGUUUCCUGGAAAUGCAAGAUAUGUCAGUUCGUUAAUAAGAUUUCUCUGGAGAAUUAUGAAUUGGAUAAGUUGUUGAACCCAAACUUGAAUACGGGCGUGAAGUUUCCAAAUUGCGUUAAUUGCGGCAUUCAAUCCACAAAAAAUGGGAUCAUCAGUGCGAUUAAGAAGAGCAGGAACAAGAAAUUGAAACUAAAGCAGAAGGAGCUAGAAGCACUAAAGGAUAAAGAUUUAAUUGAUCUAAGUGAUGAUGUUGCGUCAUCCGAAAGCGUUGUUAAAAGCAAGAAUAUUAAUCAAUGUCUUGUGUGUACUUUUGUGAACCAUCCAUUAAUGAAGAAUUGUGAGAUUUGUGGCUCUUCAUUGAAUAACUUUCCAAAAAAGCCAACCUUAAAAAAUGCUAGAAAUUUAAUCAUGCUUGAUACCGAGGAUCCGAGUGAUGGAAAUAAAGAAGCUUUUCAAGCUAGAUCUAUCAAAUUGAGUUUCCGGGGCAACUUCAAUGGUGGAAAUAAUAAUAAUUCAAAUGACUUAAAGAAGUUUUUAUCAAAAUUGCAAGAAAUGAUAGAUGAGGCGAACCUUAAGGACAUUAUGAAACGGGCUAAUAAGAAUGAGAAUGUCCAGAAGAUUAUUAUGUCAAACCCGAAAGGACCAUCUGAUUCCCUGGUUUCCAAUGAAGCUAAAACGCCAAGAAUCAAAACUGGGAUUUCUGCACUCGAAAGUAAUCAAGGUCAUAUUAUCAAAAAGAAUGAAUUUAUCUUGGAAUCUUCGUUGGAAGACUUGAACUCUUUAAUGUCGAAGGCAAAAGAACUAAACAAUCUAAUCAAGUCCUUUGAUAAAGUUAUUAAUGUUAAUAGUAUCAGUAAUAACGAAUAUCAAAAAACUCUUGAUGAAUCUAAAAGCACUUUAGGAAUUGGCAAUACUAAUGAUUCAUUUCACUACCUUGUUUUGAAUAACAAUUUUAAUUUUUUAAAUAAGUUAGAUAAUAAGGAGAUAUUUUACAAAGAGCUUGCCAGAAACUUGGCAAUAUUUAUCCAGAACUUUGUAUUUGGUAUUGGGGACAACAGUAUGAAAUUAAUUACAAAUGAAUACUCUGGAGGUAUUAUCUCAUUGAUAGAUCUCUACUCCCUAUACAAUAUAUCGUUGGGAUUCAAUAAUAAUUUAAUCUCACCUUCUGAUUUGCUAGAAUCGGUAUCAUAUUUCGAUAGCUUGAAAUUACCGUUGAAGUUCAGAAAGUUUGAAAAAAGUGGUCUUUUAGUGAUUCAAGAUUCGAAAUGUACUGAUGAAGAGAUUCUCAAUCAAGUUACGGAUUUCUUGAUAAAUAAGAAGUUCAGGUUACAAAACAGUGAAGUUAUAGACUCUGAAUAUCAGAGUGUUGAGAAUAAAAUUAAAGGUAGCGGUGAAUAUUUUAGAGGAAUAAAUAUCCAAACCCUUGUUAAAGAAAUGAAUUUAAGUGUGGCAAUUUUGCAAGAAAUCCUCGACAUUGGGCUAAUGAAUGGAUCUUUAUUAAUCGAUGAAGAUAUUUCAGGUACCAGUUACUACUUAAAUGAAAUUGAUAACUACGAAUGGUAG